CCCUUCCAAACAUGACCGUUGGGCGCUGCCCCCCGCCGAGAUCCCAGAUAUACCUCUUCUCCCACGCCACCACCAAGACGACGCUCUCACGAACCCCCGCCCCUACCCCUCGACGACAUUCUCGUCCUCCCCCGUGCUCACGCGCCCCACGCUUGCCCUUGUCCCCGCGCGGCGAGCGGGGCGGCCGGGAGGUUUGAUCUGCGCCGCCAUGGCGAUGGACUUGGUGUCGCCCGGGCCGGCCGCGGCGGCGGCAGGGGAGGCGAAUCCGGAGGCGGUUAAGGGGGAGGAGGAGGAGGAUGUGGUGAUGGUGGUGGGGGAGGUCGGGGGACGGUGCGGCGGCGACGCCGUGGUGGUGGCCCCGGCCGACGCGGAGGUCGAGGGGCACCCCUACGCCUUCCACGUCUCCGGCCCGCGCAACCUGCCGCCGCCCAACUGGAGGGAGAUCAUCAGAUCGAGUUGGAAGGAUCCAAAUUACAAAAGGAUGGUAAUGGCAUGCUUCAUUCAGGCAGUGUACCUUCUUGAAAUAGACAGGCAAGAUCAGAAAGGAGAGGAGGAUGGCCUUGCUCCAAAAUGGUGGAAGCCCUUCAAGUACAAGGUCACACAGACACUAGUUGAUGAGAGAGAUGGCUCCAUAUACGGCGCCGUCCUUGAGUGGGACCGGUCUUCUGCAUUGUCUGAUCUUAUCCUCCUAAGACCAAGUGGCGCACCAAGGGCCGUGCUAGCUCUCCGAGGAACAUUGCUGCAGAAACCUACAAUUAAAAGAGACCUACAGGACGAUCUACGUUUCCUGGUUUGGGAGAGCUUAAAAGGAUCAGUGAGAUAUGUUGGCGCUUUAGAAGCACUGAAGGCUGCAGUUGAGAGAUUUGGGAGCGCAAAUGUUUGCGUCGCAGGGCACUCGUUGGGAGCUGGCUUUGCCCUUCAGGUAUGCAAAGAUCUCGCCAAGCAAGGAAUCUUCGUAGACUGCCAUCUGUUCAAUCCACCUUCUGUUUCACUUGCCAUGAGCCUAAGAAGCAUGAGCGAGAAGGCCAGUCACCUGUGGCAGAAAGUGAAGGCAAGCCUGCCAUUGAAGGAAGAAGCAGCGCUUGACUGUGCAAAAGAUGAGGGCAGCAUCAAGAAGAGACUACGUGCAGAGAAGAAAUGGGUGCCACACUUGUAUGUGAACAACAGUGACUACAUCUGCUGCCACUACAAUGCUCCCUCUUCCUCCGGACCCGACGGUGGUCCGGAUGAGCAGCAGCAGCAGCGCAAGGCGAGUGAGAUUGCUGGCGAUGUGGUCGCGAAGCUCUUCGUCACGUCGUCGAAAGGCCCACAGAAGUUCAUGGAGGCGCACGGGCUGGAGCAAUGGUGGUCGGAUGGGAUGGAGCUGCUGGCCGUGUCUGACAGCAAGCUUAUACACAGGCAACUGAAGUCUCUAUACUCGUCCACAGCAGUACCACCUACAAAGUCAUAGGGGGAUGGCUGUUUCAAGGGUAGUUAGAAAUGCUCUUUCUAAUCGGUUUAUACCUCAACUGAAACCCCUCGAGAUGUUUCGUUAUGGCCAUGGUCGAAUUAUUCGUAUAGGUUAAUGUUGAUCAAACGGAUAUGUAAGAAUACUGUGGGCUAAUAAUAAAUCCAUUUAAGUAA